CCAUCCUUCCCCUCCAAAAACUCGCAUAUCAGUACUAGAGUACUAGCUUAUCUUUCACAAUGGCCACUGAUGUAGCAUUCGAUACGAGCAUGGGCUCGUUCACUGUCGAGCUCUACAAUGCGCAUGCGCCCAAGACGUGUAAGAACUUCGCAACCCUUGCGCAACGAGGAUACUACAACGACGUCAUUUUCCACCGCAUCAUCCCCAACUUCAUGGUUCAGACUGGCGACCCUACCGGCACCGGAAGAGGAGGAAGCUCCAUCUACGGCGAGAAGUUUGAGGACGAGAUCAACCCCAAUCUGAAGCAUACCGGAGCUGGCAUCCUGAGCAUGGCGAACAGCGGUCCCAACACCAAUGGCAGUCAGUUCUUCGUCACGCUGGCACCGACGCCGUGGCUGGAUGGAAAGCACACUAUCUUCGGCCGCGUCAAGAGCGGCAUGAGGGUGAUCCAGCGCAUGGGCCUCGUGAAGACGAAUGGCGAGGAUAGACCGAUGGACGAGGUCAAGAUCAUCCGCGCCAGGGUCGUGGAAGAAGGUACGGACGAGUGAGAUCGUUGCGGGGGAACAUCGAAUACCGCGAGGCAGAUUGGGUCAUAGAGCUCCGUCGACACAUCCCAUCGAUGUCUACUUCCUGCCAGUGGAACGAAGGACGGCCUUCGGGCCGUAUGGAGGUCAGGAUGACCAGAGCUUGAGAAGCAUCCUGACGCCGGUAACCACGCUAUUGGCGGCGUCACGCACAGCACUGACAGCCAUAUUUCUGUGCCAUCACGGCGAUACAUGGCUCAAUUGUUGGGUUACAGAAGCUACAGCUUGCUAUCUGCGAAGGAGAGAAGGUACACUCAUGUAGUUCGCAGACAAACAGAUGAUUUUAGAUGAGUGGAAUGUAUCACUACAAAACGAA